CUUUGGGAUCUUUUCUUUUGUGUGUUUCUUGCAGAGAAAAAUGGCUUCUUCCAAGCAAUGGACUCUGCUCUUGAGCUUAGUGGUUAUGGUCUCUAUAGCAAUGGCCGCUCCCCCAAGAAGGCCUGUGGCUGUACCAUUUGGAAGAAACUACAUGCCCACCUGGGCUUUUGAUCACAUCAAGUACUUCAAUGGUGGCAAUGAGAUUCAGCUCCACCUUGACAAAUACACAGGUACUGGUUUCCAAUCCAAAGGUUCAUACUUGUUUGGCCAUUUCCAUAUGCAAAUCAAACUGCCCCCUGGUGACUCUGCCGGAACUGUUACUGCUUUCUAUCUGUCUUCUACAAACUCGGAGCACGAUGAGAUCGACUUCGAGUUCUUGGGGAACAGAACAGGGCAGCCCUUCAUUUUGCAAACCAAUGUCUUCACCGGAGGGAAAGGUGACCGUGAACAAAGGAUCUACCUCUGGUUCGACCCAACCAAAGACUACCACUCCUACUCUGUUCUCUGGAAUCUCUACCAGAUUGUAUUCUUAGUGGAUGACAUCCCAAUCCGAGUGUUCAAGAACAGCAAAGACUUGGGAGUGAAGUUCCCAUUCAACCAGCCCAUGAAGCUCUACUCGAGUCUCUGGAAUGCCGACGACUGGGCCACCAGGGGAGGGCUGGAGAAGACCGACUGGUCCAAGGCUCCCUUCAUAGCCUCCUACAAGAACUUCCACAUCGACGGCUGCGAAGCCUCGGUGCAAGCCAGGUUCUGCGCCACCCAGGGUAAAAGAUGGUGGGAUCAGAAGGAGUUCCAAGACCUUGAUGCUUAUCAAUGGAGGAGGCUGAGUUGGGUUAGACAGAGGUUCACCAUCUACAACUACUGCACUGACAGGACUAGGUACCCUUCACUCCCUCCAGAGUGCAAGAGAGACAGAGACAUAUGAAGAUGAUGAACAAGAUUGAAGAGUGCAUACAUUUAUGUGUUAUAUGAUUCUGAAAUUCAUUUUCUUGAAUUGGGUUGUUUACUAUGUUGAAUCAAAAGCUAGCUCUCAUACCUUGUGAGUGUUAAUCACUACUGUCAUUGUUAUUGUAAUUCUUAUGUAUUUCUGUCAUUAUUAUUGGAUUUGAUCUUAUAGUAUC